UUAUCUUCUGUUCUGAUGUAUUUUCUGAAAACUCACCUGCAGCUGUACUGGUUCUGGUUCUGGUUUACUUUAUUUUAUUUAACCUUUAUUUCAACAGGCAAAACAUUAAGAACAGUUUCUUAUUUACAACUGGUCCUGGUUCUGGGAUAAAAAUAAGUGGUGCUGCCAAUCACUCAGUGAAGGUCAAAGGUCAUUUAGACACCCAUUGUUCUACAAAGAGAAAAAUUAUUCUGCUGCUGAAGGAGGUUCUGGAUCCAGUUUUUCACAUUUGACUUCAAGCUGUAAAAACUUGGUAGAUUUUUGUUUCAGGUCAAGAAUCUGUCGGUCAAGAUGAGUCCAAAACAUGUUGUCUUCAAGAAGGUGUCCAGAGACAAGUCUGUGGCGGUCUACAUGGCCAAGAGAGACUUUGUAGACCACUGUGAUUUUGUAGAUCCAGUUGAUGGAGUGAUCGUGAUAGACCCUGCGCAGCUCAAGGGAAAGAAAGUGUACGUGAUGCUGUCAUGUACGUUCCGCUAUGGACGCCAGGACAUGGAUGUGAUGGGCGUGGCCUUUAGGAGGGACCUGUUUGUGGUGACCCGGCAGGUUUAUCCAGAACUGCAGGACAGAGAACAGCUGACCCACACCAAAAUCCAGCAAAGACUGCUCCGCAAGCUGGGAGACAACGCCUACCCCUUCUUCUUCGAGUUUCCAGACAACCUGCCGUGUUCCAUCAGUCUUCAGCCCGGUCCAACUGAUGAGGGGAAGAAAUGUGCUGUUGAGUUCGAGGUUAAAGCUUUCUGUGGAGACAAUCAAGAUGAGAAGAUUGACAAACAGAGCUCAGUUCGUCUCACCAUCAGAAAGAUUCAGUUCAGUCCAGAGAGCACCAAGGUGGUUCCAGUGGCAGAGAUGACCUUUGAGUUCCUGAUGUCUGAGAAACCUCUGCACGUGAAGCUCAGCCUGCCCAAAGAGACGUUUUACCACGGAGAGCCGGUCAAAGCUAACGUUGAGAUCAACAACUCAUCCAGCAGGAACAUUAAAGACAUCAGUUUGUCAGUGGAACAGGUGACCAACGUUGUUCUUUACUCCAAUGACAAAUACGUCAAAUCUGUGGCCAGAGAGGAGACAGAGGACUCUGUCCCCUCUGGGACCACACUGAGGAAGGAGUACACCCUGUACCCACUGCUGGCGUACAACAAGGAGCGCCGAGGCAUCGCUUUGGAUGGACGACUCAAACAUGAAGACACCAACCUGGCUUCGUCCAGCAUUGUGAAGCAGGAGGUCCUGAAGGAGGUUCAGGGGAUGCUCGUUUCCUACAAGGUGGUGCUGAAGAUGAUCGCGUCUGGGAUGGUGGGGUCCAGUGAUGUGUCUCUGGAGGUUCCCUUCAAACUGAUGCAUCCUAAACCUGAAGCAGUCAAAGACAGUGAACCUGAAGACAUGGUGUUUGAGGACUUUAAACGGGCCUACCUGAAGGGCGUGGUCUACGGUGACGAUGAUGAGUCCCCCGYUGAGGCAUGAACUACAAAGAUGGCCGCCAGCAGCCAGAGCUGAUCACAAUCACCACCCAGUUCAUCUGGAUCUUCUUGCCUGAGUAUUGUCUGUCCUCCAGAAACAAGCCAGCUGUGUGUCUGACCCGUCCUGUGACCCUGACCGGGGUUCAGGACUUCCUGAGCAGUCUGGUCUUGUUUCUGGGAGUCAGAGUGAGUCCUGAUGUGAUGAAGUGUUAGUUGUGAUGCUCUGCUGCUUCAGAAGCUUCUGUAAACUCGUGUUGUAAUAAUGUUGGUUUAAAUUAUUUAAAAAUGCUUGUUAGUGUUUGAAUCUCGGCUGAGUUGUAAAACUGGACCUUCUUGUGUUCUGUUUAGGUUUGUAGGAUCUUGACCUUCCUGAGUGUUUUAGUGGAUCAGAGUUCAGUUUGUAGUUGUUGUUUUCCUGCUGUUCCUAUAAUUAAAAAAUAUUGUUGACAACA